AGCCCGAUCGCGGGCUUCGUCGGAAUUACUAUAAAAAUGACGGAGUUGAUUUUUGCACAGCACAGUUCAGUCGAUUUCAUUGUUCCGUCAACAGGUUUUCAGUUUGAAAAUGGCAUUCAAGUUUGUAACCUUCCUCGCCCUGUUGGCAGUUGCCCGUGCCGGAGUCAUCUCUGGACCAGCGUUGUCGUACGCCGCCAGUCCCGCCCUAUCGUACUCGUCACCAAUUGCCAGAACCGUCGUUUCAGCUCCCAUCGCCAAGACCUUGAUUGCCGCUCCUCUGGCCAAGACCAUCGCCGCCGAUGAGUACGACCCGAACCCACAGUACUCCUUCUCAUACGGAAUCUCCGAUGGUUUGACCGGUGAUCAGAAGAGCCAACAGGAAUCCCGCAACGGAGAUAUCGUACAAGGAUCGUACUCCCUGGUUGAUCCCGAUGGUCUCCAGCGGACCGUCGAUUACACCUCGGAUCCACAAAACGGAUUCAACGCCGUUGUUCGUCGUGAACCCAUUGGAGUAAAGGCUGCUCCGGUUCUGGCCGCUAAGAGCCUAAUCGUCCAGCCAGCUUUGACCACUAAAACUCUGAUUGCUCAGCCUGCUUUGAGGACCUAUUCGGCUCCACUGGCAACGAAGACCCUUAUCUCUCAGCCUACUCUGAGCUACGCUGCACCACUGGCCUCCAGGAGCCUUUUGACCCAGCCAGCUCUCGCUUCGUAUGCUGCUCCUGCUUUAGGAGCGGCAAUCAAGGUCUUGGCGAUGGGAGCUGAAACGACGGUUCUGGCAAUUGGUGACGAGUACGAUAGGGCGGGACUGGCGGCGUACGACAACGCUGGUCCAGAGAUGACUCCGGCACGGGCAACUGCCAACAGGGCGAGGAAGCUCUUUGAAAUCAUGGCAUUUAAGUUUGUGACAUUCCUCGCUCUGGUAGCAAUUGCCCGUGCCGGAGUUAUUUCCGGUCCAGCUCUUUCGUAUGCUGCUCCUGCUUCAUUGGCUUACUCGGCUCCAAUUGCCAAGACCCUGGUGGCCGCUCCUCUGACCAAGACCAUCGUCGCCAUCGAUUCGAAUCCGCAGUACUCCUUCUCGUACGGAGUCUCUGAUGCCCUGACCGGUGACCAGAAGAGCCAACAGGAAUCCCGCAACGGAGAUCUCGUCCAAGGAUCCUACUCCCUGGUUGAUCCCGACGGUUUCAGACGCACCGUUGACUACGUUGCAGACUCGCAAAACGGAUUCAAUGCCGCCGUCCGACGUGAGCCACUUGCCGUGAAAGCCGUUGCCGCUGGUCCGGUUCUGGCCGCCAAGACUCUAAUCGCUCAACCAGCUCUGGCCACCAGGACCAUUCUGUCGCAACCGCAAGCCAUUGCCGCCUACUCUUCCCCGUUGGCCACCAAAAGCAUCCUUGCGCAACCUGCUCUGACCAGCUACGUCUCUCCACUGGCCUCCCGGACCAUUUUGUCUCAGCCUGCCAUCGCUUCCUACUCCGCUCCGUUGGCCACCAAGAGUAUUAUCUCGCAACCCGCUCUGACCAGUUAUUCCACCAGUUCCCUCCUUUCCUCUCCGCUGACUACUAAAACUAUCCUGUCUCAACCAGCCUAUGCUUCUUAUUAAACGAUUUGACAUCUGUUAUCUGUUAAAUAUUGGAAAUGACAAUUUAUUCAUAAGAACAAGAAGUAGAAUUUGAAUAGAUGAAAAGGCAUCCAAAAAUCACCCAUUGAUUGAUUGAUUUAAGAAGCCGCUGUGAAAUAGUAUCACCGAUCAAAAUUCUUAUCAAGAGUAAAAAGACCGGUUAGUUGAAAAGGUUCUUCAAGGUCAUUGCA